UUGGCCUUCUCACAUCUCUGCUCAGCAUUUACCCUUACCUACCUGCCCCUUUCCUGGGUUGACUAAUAGGUAAAAGUUAAGAGUAUCUUCUCUCUGACACGGUCUGAAACAAUAGCUGCAUUAUUUUAUAAAGUUUCCCAAGAGUUAAUGUUUCCUGGCAGUUAGUGGCAUACACAAAAAGCUAUUUUUAGGCUUUUGCUUUCUUGGUUAACAUUGAAACUUAAUGAGACUUAAAGGAAGUGUCUUGGAUAAAUUCAGACUAGAGCCUGAGCCUAAUUGCAUCUUACAUUUGAAAAGAUGCAUUCUUUGAAUUUAAGCAUUUUACUGAAAUACCAGACAAUGGUCAUCAUAGUAGCUUCACUUUUGUGGAAUUAACUUGCCCUCAUGAUUGAGAGUUAUUUCUAGGAAAUGCAAUUUGAGAAUUUAAGUUUUUCUUGAGUAGAUUUACAGAGGAGUUUGUUUUUUAAAAAAUAUUUUUAUUGAUUUCAGAGAGGAAGGGAAAGGGAGAGAGAGAGAGAAACAUCAAUGAUGAGAAUCCAUCAGCUGCUUCAUGCAAGCCCCCCAUUGGGGAUUGAGCCUGCAACCUGGGCAUGUGCCUUGACUGGGAAUCAAACUGUGACCUCCUGGUUCAUAGGUUGAUGCUCAACUACUGACCACACCAGCUGGGCAGGACUAACUAUUUCAGUCACCAAAUCUAGGUGGCUAAUUCCUGGUCCAUGGAGGUCACACAAAGGCAGCUGCUCCACUGGUGUUCACAGUAUGCUCCUCUCCUGGAGCCUCCUACGCCAUUGCCUGGCCAGGGGAGCCCUAUGUCCCUUGGCUGUGACUCCAAGCUAAGACAGGCAGUGGUUUGGAAGAGGAACCCUACUGUAAGGGCUGGGCUGUACUGCAUUUCUCUCUGAGGUGCAACACCUUGGAUACCAUCCAAGCAAGUGCUUGGCAUGCAGCUCUGGGUAACCAGUGCUGUUUCAUUAGUGUUAUUGGUGUGAUCGCUCUGCAGUGUGCACUGAGGCCAGGUGUCAGAAAUUCAGGAGACCUUUGCCCUAGCCAGUUUGGCUCAGUGGGUAGAGUGUCAGCCUGCGGACCAAAGGGUUCUGGGUUCAAUUCCCACUCAGGGCACAUGCCUGGGUUGCAGGCUCGGUCCAAUGUGCAUGAGGCAGCCAAUCAAUGAUUCACUCUCAAAAUUGAUGUUUCUAUCUCUUCCUCUUUCCUCUCUGAAAUAAAUAAAAAUAUAUUUAAAAAUAUAUUCAGGAAACCUUUGAUUGUGGCCAGGGGCUUGUUUCUGAUGCUUGCAUGCAGUAGACUGACCAUUAGCCUGGAGGAUUACCCAAAUUUAGCUUUGCAAUAAAACAAGAAUAUAGGCCCAGGAGGGAAGGGAAUUUAUAGUGAUUAUAAUGAUCAUUUACAGUCAUCAUUACAGGGUUAGCUUCUGACUACACGUUGUGGCUGUCUGUCCAUGUUACUAGAUCAUCUUCCACUAUGUUUGUAGCAUAGUGGCCAAAGAUGUGGCAGUUUUAUAAACUAAAAGCCUUCCACCAUGCUUUCAAAAUAGAACGUGGGAAAGGUCCGCUGAGGGCUAAUGCCAAUUCCCAGUGAAAAGUGGGUUGGUUGUCACACAUUGAGCAUUGUUAAAGCAAAUGCUGGUGCCUCACAGCUGAUUGAUGCGUUUUCUCUGGGAAGCAUAGCCCCAAGUUUUCCCUGUGUCCCUCUCAUCGCUGCGCCUCCCCUGCGUGACUCCGAGUCCCUGAGGUGCAGCCGGCCCGAAUACGGCAGCCUUGCCACGGCCACGCGGUCCCCAAGACAAACCCGCGCUGAGGCGGCUGCCCCGGGUGCUGGCUGAGGGCGAUCCACAAAGCCAAGCCUGAUUUAUACGGUAACCUUUAGGGAACCUGGACUAAAUUAGGGAACAUUCUAAAAGUUGGACCUUUGUCAAUGCCUCCAGGCAGUUUCAUCCACUCCCUGAUCUCCGCUUCGGCGCCCUUCCGUCGCGCGGUCUUCCCUGGCUCGCUCCGCUCCAGCUGUGCACACCGGGUCCCAGCCGCACCUCCCCGGUCCUCCCCACCCGCCUACGGCCACCCCCGGCCAAGCUGCGGCGCUGCGGCGGCGCGGGGAGGGCCGCAGGGGCGGGGACGCCGGGCGGGGGCGGCGCUGCCCGAGCGCGGGGAGCCGGUCGCCGGGCGGCAUGGCGUGGCCCUGCAUCAGCCGCCUCUGCUGCCUGGCGCGGCGCUGGAACCAGCUGGACCGCUCGGACGUGGCGGUGCCGCUGACCCUGCACAACUACUCGGACGUUGAGAGCGAGGAGCCGGGCCCGGGCGGCGCCGCCUCGCGCACGGGCGCGUCCCCCGCUGGCGCCCGGGACCCCGGCCGGGACGUGCCGCUCACUCAGUACCAACGGGACUUCUGCGCGUGGCCCGCGCCCGCGAGGCCCAGAGAUGCGACGCAGGGGCGCAGGCCGGGGGCAGGCGGCCGGAGGGGCACCUCUCCCGCACCCCCUGGCCGGGGGAUCUACGUGCUCCCCAUCGGCGAUGCGGACGCGGCUGCAGCAGCGACCUCGUCGUACAGGCAGGAAUUCCAGGCCUGGACUGGAGUCAAGCCGGCAAGAUCCGCAAAGGCGAAACCGACCACGGUGAUCACAGCCCACAGCUCGGGAUGGGCCGGCGGCCCUGGGGCCGGAUUCCAGGUCCCUGAGGUGAGGAAGACGUUCACUCCUAACGCCUCAGCCAUCUUCCAGGCUCCGGCUCCCCGGAUCCUCAACGUGUGACUCCCACCGAGCAGAGAGCCAGCGGGCUGGGAACGGGUGAGAUCUGGGACCGACAGUCCCCUGCUGUCAGAGGGGGACGGCUCCUGCCUUCUCACCCUGGGGUGCACUCCCCCCAGCUGCCACCGGGCUGCAGGCCUGGCGCAGAAGGACAUGGCACCACUCAGCCCAACUCUGGACCUCAGCCAUCCUCGGGAAGUGUGUGAAGUCUCCUGAUCUUUCAAUUGCCCAUUUGGGCCGCCCUUAUUUUUAAACCGGAAGAACCCGAGGAUGAAUUCUGUUGUGAACUGAACUGGCCCAGGGGCGCUGAGGCAUGUGGACAGCAGGUCCCUGAAAGAGCCAGUCAUGCCCGCUGUUUUCCUGGCUGCAUGGUAACGUACAGCCUGCGGUAACCAAGGUAACUUUCUUGGCUGUUCCUACAAAUGGUCCCACAUUUUCAAGCUGUAGAAGAAACCUUGGGUUAUCACCUGCAUGUGAUCCAUAAUUACCAGCAAGAAGUUGCCAAAAAAACACAUCAAUCACAGGGUUUCAAUUUUAAAGACAUAGUUUCUUUAUGGCCAAGAUGACCCUGGUGUUUUUAGUUUUCUUUUUUUGUUUUUUAUUGAUUUCAGAGAGGAAGGGAGAGGGAGAGAUAGAAACAUCAAUGAUGAGAGAGAACACUGAUUGGCUUCCUCCUGCACACCCCCUACUGAGGAUUGAGCCCACAACCCAGGCACGUGCCCUUGGCCGGAAUCGAACCUGGGACUCCGCAGGUUAAAUUUCGUCCGCAGGCCGACGCUCUGUCCAUUGAGCCAAACCUGCUUGGGUGACCCUUACAUUUUUAACAAAGAAUUUCUCAGGAUGCUUGAAGUAUUGAAUGAAUGAAUGCCAUUUACCUUGUGGAAGGUGUCUGAGCCCACAUUUUCUUACUAAUUCCAGCUUCUCCCUUAACAUACUGAUAACUAGAAGGGAACUACCAUCCACGCUAAGAAUUAAGAGCUCUUCUUUCUUUUGUAAUUUUCAAAUUUUAUUUACUGAUUUUAGAGAGAGGGAGGAAUAUCGCUUUGCUGUUCUACCCCAUUCAUGCAUUCACUGGCUAUUUCUUGUAUGUGCCCUGACUAGGGAUUGAACCUACAGCCUUGGCGUAUUGGGAUGAUGCUCUAACCAAGUGAGCUACACAGCCAUGGUUGGGAGCUUUUUUAAAAAAAUUCUAAUUUAAUGUUAUUUUAAAGAUAUAUAUUUGUAUUGAUUUCAGAGAGAGGGAGGGAGAGAGUUACAUUAAUGAUGAGCAUCAUUGAUCGGCUGCCUCCUGCAUGCCUCCUACUGGGCAUGUGCCCUGACUGGGAAUUGAACUGUGACCUCCUGGUUCCUAGUUAGAUGCUCAAUCACUGAACCACACCGGCCGGGAGCUUUUUUAUAAAAAAAGAAAACUGCAGUAUUAGCUUCAUUCCCUGAGAGUCCUAAAUGUCAUCUACACCAGCCUUUAUUCUCAAGCCUGCCCUGCCACAGUGACAGGGAGCUCACUGCCUGUUGAGGAGGCAGCUCAUUUUGUCUUUGGAAAACUCUCUUUCCUUUAAAAUUCCAGCCAGUGCGUCUGUGGGGAACAAGCCUGGUCCCCUCUUGGCACAGCAGCCCUUCAAACCCUUGAAGGCGUUUAUGUCCCAUCUUUAAGACUGGAGGCACAGCCUACGUCAAUUUGGUAAGGAGGCCCAAGGAUUCCCUUUGGACUUUUCUCUCUGCAGCCCGAGGGGGACUCUAGUCUGGAGCACUUAUUUCAGCCACAAGACGUGACAUUUGGGUCUUAGAAGCCCUUCAGCGUGGAGGUGGGGCUGUGUUUUAGCUCAGGCUGCAAAGGGAGUGACCCCUCAGAGGUGCUACCUCUGGUAGGAUAGCCCUUCCCCUCAUUCCAGCAAAGGAAAUGCUCCGAGAAUCAUU